CAGAUCGAUCGCGGCGCUGUCAACAGAUUUAACAUCUGCCGAUCUGACAUCUGGGAUGGAGCUGUGAGAGGGUUCAGAAGAGGAACAUUUGCUGAAACAAACGAUCUCCUUGUGAAGUUCUCUGAUGAUGAAGGCAGAUUUGAGGAAGGUCUCGAUACAGGUGGCCCAAAAAGAGAAUUCCUCUCCCUUUUGAUGAAAAGGCUAAACAAACGACCCAUAUUUGAUGGUCCGGAACAGAGCCGCUACCUUGUCUACAAUUCAACAGCAAUCAGAGAGGAUGAAUACAGUUUGGCAGGGAAGAUGAUUGCCAUGUCUAUUGUACAUGGUGGACCUGGCCCAAAUUUUCUUUCAAAAGAUGUGGUCAGCCACAUCUCAGGGCAGUCCAGUUUCAAUCCAUCUAUAGGCGACAUCACAGAUGAAGAAAUAGGGAAAGUGCUACAACAGAUUGAGGUUGCAUCCACAUUGGAGAGCCUGCGAGACCUGAUAUUCCAGAACAGCACCAUGUUGCAGACUGCAGGGUGUUUUAAACGUGUCAGUGGAGGAAAAACACUCAAUUGUUAA